GGAAAGAGACCGAUAUAAACUGUGGCGGGAGAUUAGCUUUUGGGUCCUUGUCCAGUGAAACAUCCUCGGCUGGGAAGUUAGUUGGUUAUCUCCUCUCCUCUCAUCUUGUUUGAAUAUGGUGCGGACUAAAGCAGACAGUGUUCCAGGCACCUACAGAAAAGUGGUGGCUGCUCGAGCUCCCAGGAAGGUGCUUGGUUCUUCCACUUCUGCCACUAAUUCGACAUCAGUUUCAUCGAGGAAAGCUGAAAAUAAAUAUGCAGGAGGGAAUCCCGUUUGUGUGCGCCCAACUCCCAAGUGGCAGAAAGGAAUUGGAGAAUUCUUUAGGAGGUCCUCUAAAGAUUCUGAAAAAGAGAAUCGUAUUCCUGAAGAGGCAGGAAGCAGUGGCUUAGGAAAAACAAAGAGAAAAGCAUGUCCUUUGCAACCUGAUCACACAGAUGAUGAAAAAGAAUAGAACUUUCUCAUUCAUCUUUGAUUAACAUCUCCUUGUUUACUCUGGUAUUCUAGAACGUAAAUUUACAUAAAUGUAUUUGCUCCAAUUAGCUUUGUUGAACAGGCAUUUAAUUUAAAAAUUUAGGUUUAAAUUUAGAUUUUCAGAAGUAGUGAAAUUGGAAAAUUUGUAAGACUAAUUAUGGUAGCUUAGUAUUCAAUAUAGUGCAUUAUUGGGUUUCUUUUACCAAAUUAAGUGUCUUGUUGCUAAAAUCAUUCAUUGCAUUGUGUUCUGAUUACAAGUAUGCUAUAUUUGAGAUUUGCUUAGAUUGUUGUACUGCUGCCAUUUUUAUUGGUGUUUGAUUAUUGGAAUGAUGCCAUAUUGUGACUCCUUCUAUUUGCUUUAAAAAGCAGAGUUAGAUUUUCGCAUAUUAAAAAAAAUUCAGUAUUAAUUAAACAUUA